AUGCAUGUUCUCGUUGUCAUUCGUAGAUCCCGUGCUAUUACAAUGCUGCCACAAAUCCAUCAGCACAAUAAUCCAUUUCAAAUGCCAACUGAUGGAUCAAUCUCGGCAUCUCCACCUAAUAACACUCUUCCGCCACCAAUCAUUCCAUACUCACUUCUCUCAGCAUUCUAUUCACUCUCUUCUGCCAACAUUUCAACGUCUCCGGAAAUUAAUGAAGGAGAAAAAGUGAAGGCAGUCGGACGAUCCUACAAUCCAGGACGACCACUUUGUCUGGAAGAUCGGAAGAAAAUAGUCCGUUUGUAUGAAGAAGGAUGUCGUGUCAGCCACAUUGCUCGUCUCAUUGGAGUCACUCACAGUUGUGUGAGCAAGAUUAUGUCAAGAUAUCGUCGGACUGGAAGUGUCCAACCGAGAAGUUUCCGUGCAACUGAAAAUCAGGAGAAUGACCAUUCCACGUGGCAAAAACAGCAACAGAAGAAAGAGAAACCACUGGCAUUUUCCAUUGAAAGAAUUCUGUCACCAGAGAUCAAGAAAGAAAUUCUUCCAUAUCAACGAGUCAUCUGA